AUGCAUUCCGUCAAGGUCCUCUCGGCCAUUGCGGCCCUCGGUGUCUCUGCCGUCUCUGCUGCCACUUGUACCAAGGACAUCAAGAUCACCGAACCUACACAAGUCAUCAGCUGUGAUGUUGUUGACGCCGAUGUCAUCAUUGACAAGUCUGUUUCUGGUGCCGUUGUCAUCAACGGCCCCAAGCAGAUCAAGGGUAACUUCCAGGCCAAGAACGCUGGAGACCUUAUCUCUCUCUCCAGCACCACUAUCAAUUCCAUCACUGGAACGUUCGAGCUCAACAACCUCGAGGCCCUCAACAACCUCGAAUUCUCUUCACUCCAGAGCCUGGGCGAGCUUAGCUUCAUCAAGCUUCCCCGACUCGGCGAGCUGAACUUCGGUACCGAAGGCGUUACUAAGAUCAAGAGCAUUCGAAUCACCGACACUUUCAUCAGUGAUCUUAGCGGUCUCAGCGUCGCCAGUGUCGAGAGUUUCCAAAUUGACAACAACCGAAAGAUGAACGCUUUCAACUCCGAUCUCGUUAACGUUACCACCCAGCUCCUGAUCUUCGACAAUGGCAACGACGUUAUGGAAAUUACCAUGAACAAACUCGAGACUGCUGCCGAGAUCCAAAUUUCUAGCGCCAAGUCCUUCAAGGUUCCUGCUCUCCAGGAGGUGACCAAGAGCUUGAAGCUGAACGCCAACCCCGAGCUCAAGUCUUUCUCCGCCCCCAACCUGACCACGAUCACGGAGACACUGUCUCUUGUCGACAUGAACAAGCUCACCAACGUUUCCUUCCCCGCUCUGGAGGAGAUUGGCGGCGGUUUCACCAUCCAGAACAACACCAAGCUUGAGGCUAUUGAUGAUUUCCCCAAGCUUGAGAAGGUCACCGGUGGUGUUGCCCUCCGAGGCAGCUUCGAGAAGGUGGAACUUCCCAAGCUUGACCAAGUUAGUGGCAGUGUCGUUGUUUCCUCGACCACCGAUAUCAAGGAGUUCUGUGACUACUUCGACAACCUCAAGAAGGACAAGAAGAUCGAUGGUGAGGAGAAGUGCACAUCUAACAACAAGGAGGCCAACGAGGGCAAGGACGGUGGUGAGGAGAGCGACGGCUCUUCCGAGAGCAACAACAGUGACGACAAGGAGGAUGCUGCUGGCAUUGUCAGCGUCAACAUGGCUGUUCUUGCUCUUGCCGGUGUUGCUGCCGUUGCCCAGCUCUUUUAA